UACAAAUAACAACUAUUGAAAUUGAAAACUAGUAUUAUAAAAAUAUUAUAAUUUACCUAUUAUAUUUUCUUAGAUUUUAUGAUUUUCUUUGUCGAUUGUUUGUUUAAUAAAAGUUUGGAAUAAUGGAAAUUGAAAAUGAUGAACUACAGUUUUGUAGGUUUUGUUUACGACAUUCGCAAUCGUCCUUUCCUAUAUUUAUGCCUUCCGAUCCUGAUUUGGCCAAGGAUAUUAUGAAUUGUUUACAAAUUAAGUUGUCUUCAGAUUCUAUCGGUCCAAAACAUAUAUGUAAUGAAUGCUAUGACCGAGUACAAGACUGGGUGAUGUUUAAAAAACAAAGCGAAGAAGCCUUGAAAGAAAUAGAAUCGAAUAUAAAUUUUAAUGAAAAAGAGUCAAUUACUACAUCUCACCUAGAACUUAUCGAUGAAGUUGAUUACCAUUGUUGUCUAUUUUGCGAUAAAAUGUUUCCUAGUGAUUAUGAAUUAUUAAAGCACGUUAGUGAAAUGCACCAAGAAAUUGCAGAACUAAAAUUAAAUGCUAAAAAAAGAGAAGAACGUAUGGAUUAUAGUCGGUCAUUUAUUGAUGAAGAUGAAGAGGAUGCUCAAUGUGAUCAAUACAUAGAAUCAUUAACUAAAUCUUUUAUGUCAAAGACUGAUUAUGAUGAAUUAAAUGAAGUUCCUACGUCGGAUGAAGGUGAAGAUAAUAAAUUCCAAUGUUACUAUUGUAGUGCAACGUUUGAAGAAUUUGUGCUUUUAAAACAACAUUCGGUGUCCAGGCAUCGCGAUCUUAAUAAAAAAACCGAAUGUAAUAAAUGCAACAAAAUAUUUUUGACUGUAGCUGAUCUUCAAGAACACGUUACACAAUUUCAUCCAACGAGGAAAAACAAACAAGAGUCUGAAUCCAUAUUGAGAUCUUCAAAAAAAUCACCGUAUAUAUGCCACAUAUGUGAUAAAACGUUUUCAAGGUUUUGUGAUUUACUUGACCAUGAUGAGAUUCAACAUGACGAUUUACCAAAGAGAUUCAGGUGUGGUGUUUGUAGUAAAAUGUUUUUAAUGGAAGACAGAGCUAAAGUGCAUUUCAAUUUUUACCACACCAAAACAAAAGGAACUAUGAACUUUCAAUGUAGUUUUUGCGGUAUGGAGCUAAAAAGCGCUUCUGCGGUUGCUAAUCAUGAACGGAUGCACAUGACCCAAAAAACUACCAAUUAUGGAUAUAAAAUUAUUAGAGAUUAACAAAUAGUAAUUUUUGUUGUAUUUUAUAUUAUACUUGAUUGUUAUUAUAUAUUUUAAUACGGCAAUAACAAUGACAAUUUAUAAAAUAAUGUAUAAACAUUAUGGUGUGUAAAAAAUUAUGAUUUUGAUUAACAAUACAAAAUAAUUCCAACAAUAUAAUGUAUUAUUAGAAUUAUACCUAACUAGAGUAAAAGUUUAAAACUACUAAAAAUCUGUUAUCAUUUGUUUC